AUGGCCGUCAAGACCGUGGACAUCACCCCCUUCCCUGACCAAAAGGCCGGCACAUCUGGUCUCCGGAAGAAGGUCACCACUUUCCAGCAGCAGCACUACACCGAGGCCUUCGUGGCCAGCAUCCUGCUCUCGAUCCCUGAGGGGGCCCAGGACGCAUUCCUCGUUAUCGGUGGUGACGGCAGAUUCUACAACACCGAAGCCAUCCAGCUCAUUGCUCGCAUUGGAGCUGCAUACGGCGUCAAGAAGCUGUUGAUCGGACAAAAUGGCAUCCUGAGCACCCCUGCAGCUAGCCAUGUCAUUCGCCCGAACGCUGAUUUUGGUAUCAAAUACAAUCUCUCAAACGGAGCUCCCGCCCCGGAAUCUGUGACAAACAAAAUCUAUGAAGUAUCAAAGUCUUUGACCUCAUACAAGAUCGAAGACCUUUCGGAGGUUAAACUCUCGGAAAUUGGCACCCAGCAGUAUGGGUCCCUGGAGGUCGAAAUCAUUGACUCGACCGCUGAUUACGUCGAGAUGUUGAAGGACAUUUUCGACUUCGGCUUGAUCAAGUCUUUCUUGCAGAGCCGCCCGGAUUUCAAGGUCUUGUUUGAUGGCCUCCACGGUGUCACCGGACCAUACGGAGUUGCCAUCUUCCAGAAAGAACUUGGCCUGCCCGCUUCCAGCACCCAGAACUGCGUUCCAAGCCCCGAUUUCAAUGGUGGCCACCCAGAUCCCAACCUGACCUACGCCAAAUCGCUGGUGGAUGCAGUCGACAAGGAUGGUAUUCAGUUCGGAGCGGCCAGCGACGGCGAUGGUGACCGCAACAUGAUCUACGGUGCCAACGCGUUUGUUUCUCCAGGAGACAGUCUUGCCAUCAUCGCCCAUCAUGCUAAACUUAUCCCGUACUUCCAGAAGCAAGGCGUCUACGGCCUGGCCCGAUCCAUGCCGACCUCCGGCGCUGUCGAUCGAGUUGCCAAGGCACAGAAUCUCCAAUGCUACGAAGUUCCGACUGGUUGGAAGUUCUUCUGCGCUCUGUUUGACAAUAAGAAGAUGUCAAUAUGUGGAGAGGAGAGUUUCGGUACUGGCAGCAACCAUAUUAGAGAGAAGGAUGGCCUCUGGGCCAUCGUUGCCUGGCUCAACAUCAUUGCUGGCUACGCAAAGUCUCACCCUGACAAGCCAUUGAGCAUUGCUGCCAUCCAGCAAGACUUCUGGAGCAUCUAUGGACGCACUUUCUUCACCAGAUACGAUUAUGAAGAUGUUGAUAGCAACGGAGCAAAGAAGGUCAUCGAUGACCUGGCUGAACUUGUCAACCAGAAAGAAACCUUUGUUGGCUCCACUGUCUCCGGCCGAAAGGUCACUGGAGCAGGCAACUUCAGCUAUACCGAUCUGGAUGGCAGUGUGAGCAAGAACCAGGGAUUAUUCGUCACCUUUGAUGAUGGCAGCCGCAUCGUUGUCAGACUUUCUGGAACUGGCAGCAGUGGUGCUACCAUCCGUCUCUACAUUGAGCGCCACGAGAGUGACUCAAAGGCGAUCCUUAAGGAUGCUCAGGACUACCUAAAGGACAAUGUCGCCCUCGCUGUUAAGCUUCUCAAGUUGAAGGAGUACAUUGGCCGGGAGGAGCCCGAUGUCAAGACCUAA